ACCAUAUGUGCAUGACUUGUUAACAUUGUACUGUCAGACAACCUCAGUCAGACAGUUGGUAUAAACAUGCAGACACACAUAAACACACAAAGGAAAAAGUAAAAGAACUGGGCAGAGAUUAAUAAAAAACAAAAAGCAAAAAACAAGAACCUGUGUUGAAGCUAACAUGUAUCUUUGAAGGAAAUCUAAGAUAUGCCAAUAAAUAUAUAUUUUGCGCCUUUGGUUUGUCCUUAAAACCAUAACACAUAGUCAACCAAAGCUUUUCUCUACCUUCAAAGCCAAUUCUGGGUUUCAUCUACAUAUGGGUGUAAACUUAAUUCGCAGAAUUUGACUUCUGAUAAGAUCUAUCUUGCUUCCUCUUGACUCUUGAGGUCUUCCUCUUUCAUCAGGCUUCCCAAAAGCAUCAGAGUUUUAAACGUUCAUGACACAGGGCUCGUUCUAUGUAGAAGCAGCCUUCCUCUAACACUCAGCAAGUUAGAAGAAAGCCAUGUCUUUAGUUAGGUCUGCAGGGCUAUCUGCGCCAUCAUAUAGAAAUUCCAAGCUCUAUUCUCUAAAGGGGAGUGAUGACAGCCCCAGCUUGUCCACCCAAAUAUUAGGUUCUGAUAAGCAUAAGACUAUAUAUGUGACUGAUUCUUACUCCAGUGAAAGUUAUGAGAAGUAUUUCCUUGACUCCCCAACAGAAGAACUUAUACAGCCAUCUAGUUCUGGCAUCUCUGGAAAUUCAUUUCAUCCAGAUGGCAUCUCCAUGUGCACUCGAAACCCAUUUGACAUUUCUUUGAUGUCAAUGAGGCAUCGUGAUGCCUAUCAAUCCAAUUUUGAAUCGGAUUACUUGGAAAGCCAAAGCCCGGAUCCAAUAGACUAUGAUGAAGAUAAGAUGAGACUGAAGCUUCAAGAAUUGGAAAGAGCACUGCUUGAAGAUAAUGAUGAUGAUGAUGAUGAUGAUGACGAUGACAUUUUUGGUACAGAUCACAGCAUGGAAAUUGAUGGUGAAUGGGCUGACCCAGUUCACAACACAUUGCUCCAUGACUCUCCUAAGGAAUCUUCAUCUACAGAUUCAAACCUCAGUAGCAUCAGCAGCAACAAGGAAGUAUCACAAGUAUCUCCUCGUACUCCCAGACAAAUGCUACUUGAUUGUGCUGGUGCACUUGCAGAUGGAAACUUCAUGGAAGCAUCAGCUAUGAUAAAUAACCUCCGAAACAUGGUCUCUAUCCAGGGGGAUCCUCCUCAGAGGAUUGCAGCCUACAUGGUGGAAGGUCUUGCAGCUCGCAUGGCUUCCUCUGGCAAAUGUCUUUAUAAAGCUCUAAAAUGCAAAGAGCCCCCCUCUUCUGACCGGCUUGCAGCCAUGCAGAUCCUCUUCGAGGUGUGCCCUUGUUUUAAAUUUGGAUAUGUGGCAGCAAAUGGUGCAAUGAUAGAGGCAUUUAAAGAUGAGAAAAGAGUCCAUAUAGUAGAUUUCGAUAUCAACCAAGGGAGUCAAUAUAUAACACUGAUACAAACAAUUGCCAAUACCCUAGGGAAGCCACCCCAUGUGAGAUUAACUGGGGUUGAUGACCCUGAAUCAGUUCAACGUUCUGUUGGAGGCCUAAAAAUUAUUGGACAAAGACUGGAGAAGCUAGCAGAAGCACUUAAGGUACCAUUUGAGUUCCGAGCUGUGGCAUCAAAAACUUCAAUAAUAACUCCAUCAAUGCUCAAUUGUCGACCAGGAGAAGCACUUUUGGUGAACUUUGCCUUUCAACUUCACCACAUGCCAGAUGAGAGCGUGUCAACAGUAAACCAGCGAGACCAGCUCCUUCGGAUGGUUAAGAGCCUAAAUCCAAAACUUGUUACUGUUGUUGAACAAGAUGUGAACACAAACACAGCUCCAUUCUUGCCUAGAUUCGUUGAAGCAUACAAUUACUAUUCAGCUGUUUUUGAGUCUCUUGAAGCAACUCUUCCAAGGGAGAGUCAAGAUAGAAUGAAUGUUGAAAGGCAAUGCCUGGCACGGGACAUUGUAAACAUCGUUGCGUGUGAAGGAGAGGAGAGGAUAGAGCGGUAUGAGGUAGCAGGCAAAUGGAGGGCAAGGAUGACAAUGGCUGGUUUCACUUCAUGUCCCAUGGGACCAAAAGUGAUUGAUACAAUCCAAAAUCUAAUUAGGGAGUAUUGUGACAGGUACAAGGUGAAGAAGGAAAUGGGUGCACUUCAUUUUGGGUGGGAAGACAAAAACUUGAUUGUUGCUUCAGCAUGGAGGUGAUAUGUAUACAUCAUUUGAGUUACUAAUAGCAUGUUUGUUGCUUGUGGUAUUUGUAAUAUUGUGUGAGAUCAAGAUGCAAGCUGAUGUAUUAUCUUAGUUAGAAAUAAGUAUUUUGUUAAUGUUAUCAAGAAGUGAAUUGUCCGAGGAUGAUUAUGGGAUUGCUGUUAAUCUAACAUUCAUAAAGGAAUUUCAUCUUACGGCUUUGUAACUUUGUUUA